AGUGAAGAGCACAGCAGCAGCCAGCCAGCUAGGGUGGAGAGGAGAGCUCACCACUACGCCACCACAACCCACAAAGAAAGUAGUACCACUAUACACUUAGAUUUGGGAGGAGCAAAGGGGAAGUAUCCCUUUUGCCUCUCUAUAGCUCCUCUUCUCUUUCUUCUCUCUUCUUCACCUUGUUGCAAGCAAGAGAACAAAGGAGGCCGGCUCAGUUCAGUCCUUGGAACAAUGAUGGCCUGUGGGUCUCCCCGCACUGAGGUGGUCGAUGAGUUCGAGAAGCUUGUCAUUAGAAUGAACCCUCCAAGGGUCACCGUGGAUAAUACCUCAGACAUGACUGCCACCUUGGUGAAGGUGGACAGUGCAAACAAGUAUGGGACCUUGCUGGAGGUGGUUCAGGUGCUGACUGAUCUGAAGCUGACCAUAAAAAGGGCCUACAUUUCCUCUGAUGGAGAGUGGUUCAUGGAUGUAUUCCAUGUCGUGGAUCAGGAAGGGAACAAACUUUAUGAUUGCCAAGUCAUUGACAGAAUUGAGCUGUCGCUGGGAGCUGGGUCGCUGAGCUUCCGGGCGCCGGAGAGGUCGGUGGGGGUGGAGGCGGAGGCGGAGGCGGCGCAGACGGCCAUCGAGCUGAUCGGCAAGGACCGGCCGGGCCUCCUGUCGGAGGUGUUCGCCGUGCUCACCGACCUCAAGUGCAACAUCGUGGCGUCGGAGGUGUGGACGCACGACGCGCGCAUGGCGGCGCUGGUGUACGUGACGGACGCCGACACGCUCGGCGCCAUCGACGACCCGGACCGCCUCGACUCGGUGAAGCGGCUGCUCCGCCACCUCCUGCGCGGCGGGAGCGGCGGCGGCGGAAGCGGCCCGCGGGACAGGAAGGCCGCCGCCCGCGCCGCCAUCCCGUCGCGCGUCGCCGCCGCCGCGCACGCCCCGCGCCGGCUCCACCAGAUGAUGCACGACGACCGCGCCCGGUGCGGCGACGCCGCCGGCUCCGACGACGUCGAGGGCGGCCGCGGCCGCCCCGUCGUCGAGGUCGUCGACUGCGCCGAGCGCGACUACACCCUGGUGAACGUGCGGUGCCGCGACCGGCCGAAGCUGCUGUUCGACACCGUGUGCACCCUCACCGACAUGCAGUACGUCGUCUUCCACGGCACCGUCAUCGCCGAGGGCUCCGAGGCGUACCAGGAGUACUACAUCCGCCACCUCGACGACAGCCCGGUCACCUCCGGCGUCGAACGGGAGCACCUCCGCCGCUGCCUCGAGGCCGCCAUCCAACGCCGCAACACCGAGCAGGGGGUGAGGCUGGAGCUGUGCUGCGAGGACAGGGUCGGGCUGCUAUCCGACGUGACGAGGAUAUUCCGGGAGCACGGGCUGUCGGUGACGCACGCGGAGGUGGCGACAAGGGCGGCGCGGGCGGCGAACGUGUUCUACGUGGUGGACGCGUCGGGGGAGGCGGUGCAGGCGCAGGCCGUCGAGGCGGUGCGCGCGGAGAUCGGCGAGCAGGUCCUGUUCGUCCGGGAGGACGCCGCCGGCGCCGGCGCCGCCGGCGGGCCCAGGUCGCCGCCCGGCCGCGACCGCCGCUCCCUCGGCAACAUGAUCAGGUCACGGUCGGAGAAGUUCCUCUACAACCUCGGCCUCAUCAGAUCCUGCUCCUAGAUGAUCGCCAUCGCCAUUAACACUAAGCUAGUUCAGAGCAGUGUAGCUUCUCUAGCUAAUCAAGCUAAGCUUUAAGACAGGUUCUCUGUCAACGUCGUGUUCGUUGAUCCAUGCCAAAAUCUUGGAUGAAAAUGGGCAUCAUCAGCAGUGUAAAUAUUCCUGAUUUCCUCCAUUGCUGCUUGUGAUCUGCUCAAUUGUUCAUCUACCAAUUAAUCAUCAGCAGCUGGUAAAUUAAGCAGCACGAAUUACGAGAACCCCCAAUAUGCAGCUAGGGA